GGAGUAGCCGCAAAGACUACCUGUAGGUGAAGCCCCACAGCCUUACGCCAGAGGAGGCUAGCUACCUGAGCGGCCUGGUAUUUUCCCAACUUAGCACCUUUGCAUUUGCUGGUGACUUCUGCUUAGUUCCUGUCCACUGAAAAAAAUCACACAUCUGAGAGCUGUGAGUUCAGUUUUAUUUGGGGACUUAGCUGAGGACUCUAGCCCUGGAGACAGCUGCUCUGACAACUCUGAGAAACUGCUUCUGCUUGAAAGAGAUCAGGAAACUGAGGCUCAGAGAGACUUAGUAAGUUGCUGAAGAUCACACAGCUAAUAAAAAGCAGAGCCAGGAUUGGAACUUGGUCUGUCUGAUCUCAAAUUCUACAUUCCUACUGCUACACUACACCUCCACUCCUAACUUAUGGUUUAACUCAGGCUUCAUUCCCUCCAAUUCAUGACAUCUGAUGAAGAGUAAAUCCAGGGGCUCAACUCAACCUAAAGUAGUUUCUUGCUGAAGCAAUAGAAAACGGAAUAGCUUCUAGCUACAGUGCUGGGCAUUCUCCCUCCCUCUCCUCCUCAGGGCUUCUCAGUGGUCCGUUGUGAAAUAGAUAAGCCUGUCUUAUCUACGUCACAGAUGACUGUAGCUCCCAACCUCACAAUAGUGCAGCUUGCUGGGUGCUCAGAGCCCCUCCUGGGCCCUCCUGCCUGCUCAGUUAUUUCCUCCCUACUCAAGGGUAGAGUCAUGUAGUGGAGGCCUUAGCCACUUUUAAGCACCAAUCCAUCAAGCUCCUCUCAAGCCUGAUGCGCCCCGGGACCUAUUUACUGACCUUGGAGAGCUGGAGAGCUUUAGAAAAAAGUGCAUUUGAAUUAAGAGCUAUUGGAUGGAAACCGAAUACCUGAAGAGGUGCUUUGGAAAUUGCCUGGCCCAGGCGCUGGCAGAGGUGGCAAAGGUUCAGCCCAGUGACCCCAUAGAGUACCUGGCUCACUGGCUUUACCAUUACAAGAAAAUGGCGAUAGCAAAAGAAAAGGAUAGGCAAGAGAAGAUCCAGCUGCAGGAAGAAUAUGAAAAUAGCCUCAAAGAAACCAGAGUGACAGAAAUGCUGAUGCAAGAAGAGUGUGAGAUUCAACAGAAGUGUGAAAAGUGUCAUCCCGUGCCACUGAUAUCUGUAGUGGGUUCCACAAAGAAGACCAUGUUUAUGCAGGAGAACACAAAACCCCUUGAGAAGGAAGCCUUGAAGCAGGAAUCCCUGCCAGGAACUUCCAGUAUGAUUCCAGGAAUGCCUCAACAGAUUCAUUCUUCAGAGCCAUCUGUCCAGGUUGACUGGAACAUUGAAACUCCACAAGACAUAAAUUACCAGGCUUUUCAGCAUGAAAUUGCUCCUGAAAUGCAUCCUGGCUCCAAAUCUCCUCCCUAGGUUAUAGAAGGUGGAUGAUUCUAAUUAUGCUUCUCUCAAAGCUGCAAGCUGAGAAAAUGGCCAGCUAGAAGAGCUCUUACUUGAAGAUGAUUAACUAUGUGGAUUAAACUAAGAUAUGAGAGGCUGUGGAAGGAGGUGUCUGCAGGGACUCUCCAGCCCAAGACCUGUCCUGAUAGCCAUGAAAACCCCUUAAUCAUGUGAAGAUUUGAACUACUUAUAGGAUAAAAUAACUCAUAAUAAGGAUUUAAAAUAAGUAACCAGGGCCUCCCUGGUGGCGCAGUGGUUAAGAAUCCGCCUGCCAAUGCGGGGGACACGGGUUCGAGCCCUGGUCCAGGAAGAUUCCACAUGCCAUGGAGCAACUAAGCCUUUGCACCACAACUACUGAGCCUGUGCUCUAGGGCUCGUAUGCCACAACUUCGAGCCUGCGCUCUGGAGCCCACAAGCCACAUCUACUGAGCCCACGUGCCACAGCUACUGAAGCCCGUGUGCCAAGAGCCCAUGCUCCGCAACAAGAGAAGCCACAACAAUGAGAAGCCCGUGCACCGCAACGAAGAGUAGCUCCCAUUUGCCACAACUAGAGAAAGCCCGCGCGCAGCAACGAAGACCCAACACAACCUAAAUAAAUAAAUAAAAUACAUUUAUAAAAAAAAAAAAAGUAACCAAACUGAUGAGACUUCUUCCUUUUGUUUUAUCAUUUUUUUGGAGACUAGACGGUGAAAACACAUCCAUCUCAUGUGUUCAUAUCUUAACUUUAGCUGAAUUUUGCAUUCCGGCCUCUUGGAGUGUUUACACAUGUCCUUA